AUGAAGCAUCUCAUCCGCCGCCUCGCUCGCGUCGCCGACUCCUCCUCCGAAUUCUCCAUCCGCCGAUCUUCUUCCUCCUUCCGCAUCCGCCGCGGCCACCAUCGUCACCACGCUCCGCCGCCGUGGUCGAUUUGUCCGGCGAGACGAGUCAACACCGUCCCCGCCGGUCACGUGCCUGUCUACGUCGGCGAGGAGAUGGAGAAGUUCGUGGUGAGCGCUGAGCUCAUGAACCAUCCGAUCUUCGUCGGACUGCUCAACCGGUCCGCUCAGGAAUACGGUUACGCUCAGAAAGGAGUCCUCCAUAUCCCCUGCCACGUCAUCGUGUUCGAGCGCGUGGUGGAAACGCUCCGAUUAGGAGGAACCCACGACUCCGGCGAGCUACAGAACCUCCUCGCGUCGUUGCUCUCCGCCGAUGAGUUAGUACCUGGAACUACAGAGUAG